AUGCGCGGGUUUUGCCCGGCGCUCUGCUUGGCGCUGCUGGCGGCGGAACGCGGAGCGCGGCUCUGCACCAUCAUCCAUUACCUUUCCCAUGGGCAUCUGGGCUGGUUUUGUGGGACCAUCACCUGCCUGGUACCUGGCUAUGUGGCACAACUCCUCAGCAUCCUCUGGUUGAAGGCAGAUGGACACCCUCCAGGCUGCAGUGUCCUGGUCCUCCAUAUCCUACAGUUUGGCCUCUGGAAGCGGUACUGGGAUAUUUUGCGGAUGGAGGUGAAGACAAACAGCAGUGCAGGUACUGGGGAGAUGCUGAUGUGGCAUGCAGAUGUGUGUUUGCUGAGGCUCCUGGAAGCCCUGCUGCAGAGUCUGCCUCACCUCCUGCUGCAGGUCUAUGUUGUCGUGGUCAGUGAGCCAUCCAGCCUCAUCCCUGCUGUCAGUGCUGGGCUGUCCCUGCUGUCCCUCUCCUGGGCUUUGGUCUCCUACAGCCGCUCCUGCUGCCUGCUGAGACCUGGCCACGUGUGGCUGCCGGCCGCAGCCCUGCUCUGCCUGCUGCUCUGGAGGAUGGGGAUGCUGACAAGCAGGGUCCUGGCCCUGGUGCUCUUCACCAAGCUCUAUUCCUGCUGGGUUCUGGCUGUGGCAGGCACCCACUGGGUGCUGAUGUCCUUCUGGCUGGUGGCCCUGCAGAGUGACAUUGUGGCCCAGCCCUGCCACUGGAGGCUGUUCAACGUCCUGCUGGGAGCCGUGUACAUCUUCUGCUACAUCAACGUCCAGCCUGGUCCCUCCAAGCAUCGCAUGGCUGUGUUCUACGUGGUAAUGCUGAUGGAGAACACGCUCCUGCUGCUGCUGGCCACUGAGUUCCUGCAGGCAGAGAUGGGGCACAGCCUACGUGUGAGCUGGGCUGCCAUGGCGGGAGCUGCCCUUGGUGUUGCAGCCAUGGUGGUUUAUUACAGCCUGCUCCAUCCCAAAUCCUCCAAGAUCAGGCAGGGCAUCCUGCAGAACUCCAGCUGUGCUGCUGGCAAUGAGCAGGCUGCUGGGAACAGCUCCUGCGUGGGGCAGAGCUGGGGAAUUUCAGGAGAUGGAGAAUCGUUGCCUGCAGAAAGGACCACAGUAACUCCCAAAACUGGGAACAGCUCAUCGCUCUUCCAGCUCGAAGGGCCUUCAGAGGAUGGAUGGACAAAUCACCACCAUUGGCUGCUGGUGAAGCUGGCCUUGAAGACGGGAGACGUGUCGAAGAUCAACGCAGCUUUCGGGGAUGCUGGUGUGGGAGAGCUUUACCCUGAUGGGUGGGAGAUGGGAGCACCCCAACCUGGGGCUGAGCCUUCCCUCCCCACAAUGGAAAUCGCUCCUCAGGGCUUUGGAUUGGGUUUAGUAGAGGAGAAGACGAUGGUGGUGAGGAAUGGAGGAGGCAGCAAACAUGAAAUCGGUGCUGGAAGGGACAGAGGAGGGCUGGAGGCUGCUGGCCACCCUGCCAUCCCUUCACCUCACAGCUCCUCUGCGUCCCUAUCUGAGGGCUCCUCGGUGUACUUCAGUGCCAACACAGGUGGCAUCACCUCUCCUGGUGCAGUGAUGGUGACAGCAUCCUCCACAGCCCUGCCGGAAGGGGACAGCAAAGCCUGCUCUUCCCCAGGAUGCCUAGCAGGAGGAGGGGGAAGAGGAGAAGAUUUAUCCCUUGAGACAGCGAGCAUCAGCCCCAUCCUGGGCUCUUGUACUCACAGGCACCUGCAGAGUGACUGCGGGGUGGCAGGUCCCCCCGAGGAGCUGCGUGUGGGGACAGAGGGAGCCCUUCUGGAGUGGCAUCACCUGCAAGACACCCAUCCCUGUGAAACACGGGGGGUUGUUGGUCUGAGGAGCAAGCUGAGGCCACCACGUUUCACCUCCACCCCCAAAGCUGACUCCAAAUGUUCCCAGCGAGGACUGAGGGAUGUGGAAGAGAGGAAGGAUGUGUCUGGGAUGGUGGAGUGACCCUGCGUUGUCACCGUGGGACAGAAUUGGGGUGGCUGCUUUGCUCAAUGAGAUGCAAUAGGGAAGUUCAUGCUGACCUCAAAGGCUGUCCCUGUGUGCCCAUGUGGUCCUUUGUCACCAGGAGGUCUCCUCCCCUCCUGGUACUGCUUCUUCUCUUUCCUCUGGAGAGCAUUAGUGGAUGGAAGGGCUGAAAAGCCUGGGUUUAGGUAUUUAUUAUGUUUAUUUAACCCUAUGGGCAGUUGGAGCAUCCUGCCCUUCUUGCAUAGGUGAUGAUGUUGGGAAAGGUGGCCUUGAACAUCAUAGAAUCAUAGGAUCAUUUGAGCUGGA